UGCGUGGAUUCAACCGGUGGCUUUUUAGUGUGCAGCCGCAGCACACCUACUUUGAAGACCACACAUGAGUAAAAACGUCACACAGAUCACCGUUUAAGGCACACGUGGGACACGCUCAUCGCUUUUGGUCUCACUUUUUUUUUUGUUCCUUCGUUUGUGGGGGUUUUAUGUGUGAUCCUCCAUCGCGUGGGUAGGUGUGCCGCCUGAUGAGCGCUCGACUGGCAGCGUGGUAAAGACGUGAGUGUGAGGCGAGCAGACCGCUGUGGUGGUGCCUCUAAGAGAACCUCCAUGAUUUAAGGAUGCUGGUGGGAAAUGCCUGGAGACAGAGAUGACGAGAUUUGUCAAAAGGCACUUGAACUCCUCUCGGAUCUUUGUUCCAGGGGGGAAGUGCAGAGCGAAAACUGCUUGGAUUUCAUCUACUAUUUCCGUGAUUUGGCCAGACCACGCUACUCGGACUCAGAUGUGUCGGUGAGUCUUCUGUCUCUGGUUGUGACAGCCUGUGGCUUGGCUCUAUUUGGGGUAUCGCUCUUUGUUUCCUGGAAACUCUGUUGGAUACCAUGGAGGGAACGUGGUCUAUUCCCCACAACCAAGGAGCCCCAUGGCGGGCACCUCAACCCGGCCAUGAGUCCCCUACCCACCCAGCCGGUACCCAGGCAGCCAGUCUACACGGCCGUGGACCCCCCAGUCCACAACCGCCGUGAGUCUUCACAAUGCUCUAUCGCCAAGGAACCCACUCCUGUGGCGUCAGUUGUUUCUGUGGAGGCUCCCGGUACACCUGUAUCACCACCCCCUGUAGUCCUGGCUCCACCGGAGGCAGCCAUGAAGAUCAGUUUUACGUCUCCAGACAUUCCACUUGAUGCCCAGCAGGAGAAAAAUCGUGAAAAUAGGGUUCACACUAACCCUCGGAUUCAGAGACAGACAACGGAACCUUCACCCUCCGGGCACUCCAUGUCGGAAACUGGACAAGGCUCCAUACACCGACAUAUGAACUUGUCCAACCCUGACUUCAACGUGACUCAGUUCCAAAGACAGGACUCCCUCACUGGAAUGGGACUGGGCCUUGGGCGCCUCAAACCGGAGCUCUACAAACAGCGUUCUCUGGAGGGGGAUGACGGUAGUCACAGAGGCGGAGCCUGCGGGCGCCUCCACUUCAUCCUGAAGUUUGACUGUGACUUGGAGCAGCUGAUUGUUAAAAUCCACAGAGCGGAGGACCUCCCAGCCAAGGACUUCUCUGGAACCUCUGACCCUUAUGUUAAAAUCUACCUGCUGCCUGAUAGGAUGACCAAGCAUCAGACUAAGGUGCACCGUAAGACAUUAAACCCUGUCUUUGAUGAGGUCUUCCUGUUUCCCGUGGCCUACUCAGAGCUUCCCACACGCAAGCUGCACUUCAGCGUCUACGACUUUGACCGAUUUUCACGCCAUGACAUUAUUGGCCAAGUAGUCGUGGACAACUUCUUGGAUCUGGCAGAUUUCCCACGGGAGACAAAGCUCUGCCGGGAAAUCAAAUAUGUCUCCACGGAUAACGUGGACCUGGGCGACCUGAUGUUUUCUCUGUGUUACCUACCGACUGCGGGGAGGCUGACCAUCACCAUGAUAAAGGCUCGCAACCUAAAGGCCAUGGAUAUCACAGGUGCCUCAGAUCCAUAUGUAAAGGUUUCUCUCAUGUGUGACGGUCGCAGACUGAAGAAGAGGAAGACCUCCACAAAAAGGAACACUUUGAAUCCGGUCUAUAACGAGGCCAUUGUUUUUGAUGUCCUGCCAGAGACGAUAGAGCAGAUCAGCCUGCUGAUUGCAGUCAUGGAUUAUGACCGCGUCGGCCAUAACGAGAUUAUCGGUGUGUGUCGGGUUGGCAAUGACGCAGACAACUUGGGUCGAGACCACUGGAGUGAAAUGCUCACGUAUCCCCGAAAACCUGUGGCCCACUGGCACCCUCUUGUUGAGUACCAGGGGACCACAGGCAGUAGCCAGGGAGGAUCCUGUAACUCUUUGAAAGCUCCACCAUCUCCAUAGCCCACAACAACAUUUGACAAAAAGAUCUCGCCUAAGGCCUGGGCUCAGCCUACUGGUGCUGCUAAUUACUGCACACAACACACACACAAGCACAUGCCUCCACACACACACACACACACACAGUGAAAAGUGCAGCCGUCUAUGGUGUUAGAGGAUGGAAAGACACAACUGGAUCAGUUGCAUGUUGAAUGACCACUCUGAUGGAUGUUUUCUUUUCUAUAAUGUUCCAUGAGAAAAAAAAACAAAGUGGUAAAUGAUCAUAUGCAGACAUUGGACGUCUGUCUUCCUUGGUUUACACAUUUUUUUUUUGUAUUACAUUGUCUCGUUACUUGUCUUUAACUGAGGUGAGUGUGUGUUUACAACCAGUCAAACUGCCUUUCUAUUUGGUAGAGAGAAUUUGUGCAUGAGGUCAUUGCUUGUUGAGAUAUCUCCCUGUUGUUUGUUUGUUUGUUUCCCUGUUGUUCUGUUUGUUGAUGUGAAGUGGAAGUUGAUUGGACGUGUUUGUCUGUGAAGAAAAAAAAAAUAUUGUCAAUACCUAUGAUUCAAUCAAAACUAGCCAUUGUUGAUCCAGCAGAUCAAAUUUGCUUUUGUUUUAAUCAGUCCAAUUACUUGUUUUUCUACUUUUCUUUUAUCUUCAUACAGUAUAUAUGAAGGAGUAUUAGGGCCACCUUGAAAAUAAAUACAUUUUAAGAUAAUACCUACAUAAAAUUACAAAACAGUAAAAAGUCAAAACUUUUUAGUAGAAUAAAUUCUUGGGGGAAAAUAUUUAUUUUAAAUAUUAUGAGCAUAAACUUGCAUACGAUGAUUGUUGUUGAUAUACUUUUGAGAAAAUAACAGCAUAGUCAAUGUUUUGUCACAUCAAUACCAUUACAUGAGAUUAUUUAACCCACUGCGAAACCAUAUAUUUUCAGUUGUCAAAAUGAAAGUGUUAGAACAAUUUAAUAAUUGUUUAUUAUGACAUCAACUGAAUAAUAUAUGGAACUGCUUUUCUCAGGGUGCGUUAAGGUUUGUGUGGGAAUUUAUUCAAAUUAAGAUGAAUUUCAUAUGCAUAAUUAUUUUUCCUUUAAAAACAAGUCUUAUGUUUAUUGUGAUAUUAUAAAUUUACUGGUAUUGUUUCUUGUAAUUGUAGUUUUGGGGGAGGGGGUUUCAGUGUGGCUCUAAUACCCACUCUCUGAUAUUACCCCAUUAUCCUCUACAGAAGGCUUAGAAAGUAACCAUCACAAUAAAGUCAAUUUACAGCAUUAAAAUGUUUAAAAUAAAUGUAUGCAAAAUGACAGACACCCUAGUGGUUUUUAGGACAGGCAAUAACUGCUUGUGGAAGCAGACUGCAAAAAGACACAGCUAAUAACUCAAACCUAUUUUUAAAACAACUUGGAAACAUUGCUACAAUGUUUUCCCAUGCAGUGAGCCAUCAGUUGCAUUUCAGCCUUUGGCACUGGCAAGCAAUCAAAUUUGUACUCACAAUUUGGCAAGUUAAUUCUUAAAUGACCUUGCAGGGAUUCUGAAGGACUUGUGUUAUGGAUCUGCUUUGCAUGUAAACAGGAAAUGGUUGAACAUUUGAGAGAUGUGUCUGGAAAGUAUUAGCAAAAAUAAUAUAUAUUUUUUCCAUUGUAUUCAGUUCAAGGGUGACUGGUAAUGACUUGACAUGAAAACAUUGUCUUUUUCUUCCAGUUUGCAGUCAUGUGGCGUCAUGAUCAAAUGUCUUCUUCUUUACUUAAAUGUUUUGAGAUUGCAACAUCUCUCCAGUGUGCCUAUGUGGAUGUUACUUUUAGGCUAGUGCUGUUCUGUUUUACAGUGAGCGGUUACAAUAAAGUGUUGUAACUGCA